AUGCGUCUCCUCUCCCUCUUCACCAUAUUCGCCACCGCGACAUUCACAGCCGCCCUGCCGGAGCAAGCGAGUGCCCAGAUUUCGUGUAUCGGGCUCAACGACCGCUACUGCGAUAAUGUGACCGUUGGAUUGACCUGCUGUCCGCCGUUGAGGUGUGGCAGUGAUUCGAGAUGCCAUUCUUAA